AUGAAUAAUACUACUUCUAAUACAAUCACAGAGUACAGUAUUAUAAAAAAUUUGGUUAGAGAUUUUAAACUUGAUAAAGUAUUAGAAUCGAAUCCUCAAACCAAAACAGUUUCCUUAUUAGGUAAAAUUAAAAAUGAACAAGCCAUCAUCAUAUUAGAAAAAUUACAUUUUGAUGAAAAUGAUUAUAAACACUUGACUGAUUUACAAUUGGUGAAGGAUAUUGCCUGCAAUGACAUCUAUCAUUGGGGGUUGAUCAGAUUUGAAGAAUAUGGUGCGGUCGAUGAGGAGUCCAGAUUAAAUGUUAAAUUGAAUUUAAUUUGGCCAGCCACUGAAGUUCAUAUUAAAAAAUACAUUGAACAAAAAUUUCAUAUUAUCAGGGAAACCCCAGAAAUGUAUGUAACCAUAGUUUUGCCAUAUAUUGAGGAGAUGCAUAAUAAUGGCAGAUUGAAUUGGGUGUAUAACAUUUUGUACAAAGAUGCAGAAUUAGACAGAAUUAUAUAUAAAGACCCCAAGGAAUUUGUUUUAUUACCUGAUAUGAAGUGGUCUGGUGAACCUGAAGAAAUAGAUGCCCUAUAUUUGGUGGCUAUUGUCUAUAGGGACGAUAUUAGGUCAAUUAGAGAUUUAAGAUAUAAAGAUAGGGAUUGGUUGAUUGAAAUUCAAGAUAAAAUUAAGCAAAUUGUUACCUGUGCUUAUAAAAUUGAGUCGGAUGUGUUGAGGAUUUUUGUUCAUUACCAACCGUCAUACUAUCAUUUCCACAUUCAUGUUGUUAAUGUCAAGCAAUUUGGGUUGAAGGAUGGUAUAUCUGUUGGUAAAGCGAUUUUGUUAGACGAUAUCAUUGAGAAUUUGAAGUAUAUGGGUGAAGAUGGCUAUAAGAAUAGAGUUAUCACGUACAUCAUUGGGGAAAGCCAUGGCUUAUGGGAAAGAGGCUUGAAAGAUUAUCGAGAAUCAAAACAAAAUUGCUCUAAUGACGAUAUCAAGGAAGCUAAAGAGGAACAAAUCAUAAUAAAAUAA